GAUCGUUCCGAUCUCCUUUUUAUUUGUUUUUGUUUACGUGUUUACGUUUUACGUCGUCUGAUUCGGCAUUUUGUUUGAGUUUGACCUUCAUUGAACAGUUUAAAAAGCUACAAGUCAUAAUCCGCCAUUCGGUCAUUUUUGUUACUAUGGCUGAAAAAAUUGAAAGAAAGCUAUUUCUUACGGGUGCGUCCGGGUUGUUAGGAAGAUCCAUCCACCGAACUUUCAAGGAAGCCGGCUGGACUGUCUUUGGAGUAUCUCUUUCUAGGACGGGCCCAGAAUUACAAAAACUUGAUCUCACUGACUUUGGGGCUGUAAGCGCAGCUAUCAUCAAAUUCAAACCAACUCUCAUCAUUCACUCUGCCGCUCAGCGGUUUCCAGACAAAGUGAGUGCUGACCCAGAAGGUGCACGCCGAAUCAAUGUAGAUGCUACAUUCCAUCUUGCAGAAACAGCAGAUAAGUAUGACAUUCCUCUCCUCUACAUUAGCACAGAUUAUGUGUUUGAUGGACGCAAUCCUCCCUACAAGGUAGAGGACAAACCAAAUCCUUUGAAUGACUAUGGAAAAUUGAAACUAGAAGGAGAAGAAAUAGUAAAAGCUGCUAAUAAAGAGAAUAUAAUCCUAAGAGUACCUGUAUUAUAUGGACCAGUAGAAAAACUUUCUGAAAGUGCUGUUACUUGUCUGCUUGAACCACUUCUAAAUGUUGCAAAGCCAACUAAAGUGUCCGAUUAUGAAAAACGCUGCCCUUCCCAUGUUGAUGACAUUGCGGAAAUCUGUUUGAAUAUGGCAGUAUUCAGAUUUGAUCACAAUGAUUUGGAUAUAAGUGGAGUGUUUCAAUGGUGUGGUUCAGAAACACUUACUAAAUUCCAAAUGGUCCAGAUUAUGGGUGAAGUAUUUAGUUUGCCUCAUGCUCAUUUAUCAAAGACUCCUGACUCAAGUAAUGGAAAUACACAAUCUGUAAAUCGCCCAUAUGACACACAAAUGGAUCGAUCACGCCUAGAAUCAAAAGGCAUAGGUAAGCAUACAGUCUUUGCCUCAGGUAUACGUAGUGCUCUUGCAGCAUGGGUUUCAUGAAGUUAUUUUCUACUAACUUGUGGCCUUAUAAGCAUUUUAAAGAAUCACUAUUAUUUUUUAAAAAUUAUCUAGAAUUUAAGUGUUUCUUUUCUGUUUCUGAAAUUUUAUUGUACUUUUAAGGUUGUUAUAGGGUUACUAGACUAUCUAAUUUGGCAUCCAAGUCUUUCUUUGACCAUGUACAUAUGAAUUAAUGCUUGGUCCUGGAGUGAAUUCUCCUGAAUGUAAUAUACCUACUUUUAAUUAAGAUGUUUAAGUAUAGCAACGGGUCAAAUUUAAAUAAAGAGAGGGAAAAAAUAAUCCAAAA